AGUAGCUCUCUUCUCCUUCACCCCCUUCCCUCAAACUCUUUCUACUCCAGGAACAAGCAGACCUUUAUCUUCUGUCUGUUCUCAAAAACUCUUCAGAGAAUCCUUUGGGUUUCCCUCCCAGACCCUGACACCUCUCCUGGUCUCAGACCCUAACUUCUCUUUUUUUGGAAGCAGAAACUUUUUUGUCCUCUUGGUUUGAGCAGACACACGGCUCUAUCGCCAAGAGAGGACUGCGGAGCUCACCAUGCCCUCCGACUUUCUGACCCCUUUCCUGGAACUGGACGAAGAGUUCUGCAAGAAUUUCCGCGGCCUGGAGGCGACAGAUGGCUCUCCUGCUGACCCGGAGCAGCAACGGCAGCAGCACAGUCUCAGGGUUCUUGGCUUCCAGCGACGUCAUUCUCUGUGCCCUGUGACCCUCCCCAACUCCAAGUUCAACAACAGCAGCAUUAGCAGCAACAGCAGCAGCAGCUCCGAGGUGACUGAUUCAGCCUGCUGGGGCCUCAGCAUGGCCCCUUCCCAGCAGUGGAGCCGAGAGGGUCAGCUUCCUCGCUCCUCGCUCAGUCACAUCCCCUUCAGAGUUGACCGCUCGGUCAGCAUGAUUGAGGGCAACGUGAGCGGCGUGACAGGCCGAGAGGACAGGAUGCCUAACGUGCUGCUCCCUCCACCAGGCCUCUGCCUCAGCAACACCUCCCUCUCUGCUGCUUCCCUCUCUGCUGCUUCCCUCUCUGCUGCUUCCCCAUCCGCCUCCAGACCACCAGUCCCCACACCAGCACCUCACAUCUCCACCCGCUACAAGACCGAACUCUGUCGCACCUUUGAGGAAAGUGGAACCUGCAAGUACGGUGCAAAGUGCCAGUUUGCCCACGGCAUGGACGAGCUGCGAGGGCUCAGCAGGCAUCCCAAGUACAAGACGGAGCCAUGCCGCACUUUCCACACCAUCGGCUUCUGCCCAUACGGCGCCCGCUGCCACUUCAUCCACAACGCUGAUGAGAUGGAGGGCGGUGACCCUACUGCACCUCCUCAGAAGCAGAAGCUGAGGCCUCCUCUGCUGCGCCACAGCUUUAGCUUUGCAGGCUUCUCCUCCUCUCCACAGACCUUCCAACCAGUCGAACAGCUGCAGCCCUCCUCCCUCCUCUUCACCCGGGCCUCCUCUGUCUCUCCUCCUCCCUCCUCCACAGGAAGCCCAGAGCUCCUCUCCCCUCUCUUCUCUGACCCAGGAGCACUGAAGCAUUGCUCUUACCCCUUCUCUGGUAUCACAGACCUUGCAGGUGACAGCAAUGACUCAGCGCUGCGCUUCUACGCCGUGUCUGAUUCUGUCAGCACCAGAUGCACCAACUCCAUUAUCACCUCCAAAUCCCCAAAUCUCCCCUUCCAGCUCCCCCAGCAGCGGAAGGUCUCCAUUAUUAGUGCCCCUCCUGGUUUGCAGAGAUGCUCCUCUGCUGACUCCCUCUCUGAGGAGGGCUACACCUCCUCCUGCUCCCUCAGCUCUUCCUCCAGCGGCACAGAAUCCCCAAGCUUCGAGGGCCGGCGCCUACCCAUCUUUAGCCGCCUGUCUGUGUCAGACGAGUAGAGGAGGUUUACUGAAGGGCUGAAUUUAAUCAGGGAUGGAAAGUCUGAAUGUUUAACUCCCACGUGACCAGGACUUCUGACCAUGAUAUGCAAUGAAAGAGUAGUGCAGAAAAUACCUUCUAACUUCAAUUCCUUUUAGUCAAACAGUUUUUAAAGUCACAGAAGAUUUGAACGUUAGGUUUUUAGUCCCUCCCUGAAUCCAGCCGGGUAAACAUACCUAACUUUGUGCAUAUUGCAUUCCUCAUCCAAGCAGUUGUAGCGCUGCUCAGUGUUUGUCCAGUUUUAGCUGACUUCUUUUUUACAUUAUUUGAUUUUUCCCCUUAAAUUGUUCUUGUAUGCCCAUGUUACUGCUGUAUACUGUUGUAUACACGUUUUUAAAUACUUAGCGGGGACUUCACUCGGCUCGGCAGCUCCCCCUCAGGCUGCUCGUGCUCAGUGGGAGAUUCUGUGUGAGAGUCUCCUGUACCCUGAAGAUGAAGAUUAGUGCUGCGUGCCCUUUGUGACUGCUGUGCCACCAACCAGUCUGCAGCACUUCAGUCAUACUUAGGGCUCAACGACUGUACGAUACACCUCUCGUCCCUGAGGGUUAAAUAACUGUAUGCUGUCACUGAUUGAUGAUUUGAUUGGUUGUCUGGCUUCGGCCUCUUGAUUGUAUUUGUCGGCCAUCUUUACUGCCUUUGCAAGAAAAACAAAACAGCUCAUUUGUAGGCGACCCACUGACUUCCUAGUUACCAAAGUUGAUGUUAGAGUCCACUUUAACCCACUAGUACUGCUAACACCUAGCUUAGCCUUUAGCCACAUCAGGAAGGACACAGUGUUGUGAUAUUUGUUGUUAUAGUUUAACACUUCCUUGACUUAUUUAUUGCUUCUCUGAGUUAUUUGUUGUUUUUUACAGAGGUUGCAUUGUGAUUGUGUUUAUGCAUUUUUUUUUAUAUACCAGAGAACUUGUGCUUUAUGUAUGCAUUCAUGAUGUCCGUCUGCUUUUGAUGCUAUCAGGUAGCUUUAAGGAGGCUCACAGAGAGGAGAGGAAAUGAAAGGAGGGAGUUAAACGUUUUUGGCAUUCUGUAUGUACGUUGCCUUAUUAGAUGAAAUCAGGACUCACUGAAUCGUCACACCUCUGCAGCACAAUAAGCUUCACCUGAGACAGCACCUGAUGAUCCCUUUGUAACAGCCUGUCUCAGCAGCAGCAUUAGUGCCUGUUCCUGCAGGUGGUGUGAGCAUGCAGUGAGUCUACUCUCCUCUCUGUUCAGCCUCACACCUCAGACUGUAAUAACCUUUUCAAGUGUUUGGUGCUGUAAUCUGAAUACAAAGUGUAAAGAGGGGCUGAAACACUGUGAAGGCCUCAGUGUGAGUCUAAAGAAGCAAGGUGAAAUGUGACUUACCUUAGUGCUUACCUUUGUGGAAGCCCCUCCCUGUUUGAACCCCUGUGUGUUAUCUUCUUCUUGUGAUGUAAACAGACAGGUGAAAAGGUGACCUUUGGUUGAAGUUGAUUUUUAUCUAUCAGAGUUGCCUUGAUGUGUUUGAAGGCCAACAUCUGUUGCACGCUAGCUUGCUAGCUAACUCUCUGAGCGGCAGGAGGAAUCAAAGUGAGUUGAAGUGAAAUCAGGAGAGAUUCAAGACUCUUUUUUUUUUUUUUUAAUGAUCUCAAACCUGAGAGUCCGGAGACGCUUGUUGCUGCAGCUUACUGUUAGCUCGACUCAUCAGCAGCAGUUGUUGCUUCUUUUGUUAACUUAAAGUCUUAUUUAUUUUGUUUUCAGAAGUGAAACCUAUAUUGUGUUGUUUGAUCUUGUGUUUUUUUGAUUUACAUAAUUUAAGUGCAUUUAUUGUUUACAUUCCAUGGGUUAUGUUGAUAUCCUAGCUCUUUAUCUUAAUAUAU